AUGGGGAUCUUCUUCCGGGAUAGGGAGGCGGACCAGGCGGAUCCAGAUCUCCGCGCCUCGCGAUAUUUCCUGUUCAAAAAUAAGCAGUCCGCAGAAAACAAGCUGAGAACCGCAGAAAAGAAGUACGGGUACACCCUGGGCGAGCUGCAUGCGUAUAAGCACGUCAUGAGGCUCCCGAAGAUGCCGGAAGCCAUGGAAAUGGAAAGGCAAGACCUCCAGCACACGUAUCAGCAGGUUGAGAAACUCGUGGCGUUCGAGGAAUACGAGCAGCAAACGGAGAAUCACUUUGCAACGAAACAGCGAAGAAAUCCAUUCAGCAGGGAGGCAGCAGCAGCUGACACACCAGAAGGGUGCGGGAUUAGCAGCAACAGAUCCAGCAGCAGCAGCAGCUGCGAGAAAAGUAGUAAUGCAGAUGGCGGCGAGGCUGGCGCUUUGGGGGGACCCACCGAUGCAGCUGUAGAUGAAUCUUGCGUCAAGUGCUUGGGGUACUAUCUGGCAUUGGAUAGAUGUGUCAGAACCGUGUCCAAGGAGGACGAAAAAAACAGAAUCUACAAGCAUACCCGUCUUCACGCCUGCAAGCCCCAUUGGGUUUGGUUUAAUAGAUGCGUUGGAUAUCGGGAUCAGCAGCUUUUGAAGGAAAUAUCAUCAUGGGAAGCAGAGCACAUGAAGACACUCGACAAUCAACAGCGGCAGGCGUACAUGGAUAAGCUGCUCGGUGCAAAGCGUUACUUAGAGUAUACCUCCGCGCGCUCUCGAGAUGACGUCGAGAUUGUCAAGAUGCAGCGGGAGGCUCGACAUCUAUCAGCACGACUAGAGAAGUUGCAGGCGGUAGGAUGGGACACCUAUUACACCUCCAGCGGGAUACAUAUAUAG